GGACGUUUCACAUAUAACAUGUAGCUUCUGUUAACACCGCACGCUUACCAAGGCCCCUAUAACUGCCUUGUCCUUGAGUUUCACGCUGUUUAAUCGCGGUAUUGUUUUUGUCGUACCAUUUAAAACAUGUUUAUCGAGCAAAUCUGAGGCAUGCAUUAGUAAUAUAAAUAUGUCUGUCGAGGGUGAGGUUGGAUUAAUCUGUAUAUGCUUUGAGACGCAGUAUAAGACAGAUGUACACGGCAAAUGUUUGGCUGUUUGUGGUUCUUUGCCUGCGAUUGGAAACUGGGAUGUUAAAAACGCAGUCAUUACAGAUGAAAAGCCAGAAAACUCUGGAAAAUGGAUAGUUUCACUCCAUCUACCUGCUAAUGUAAAAUUCGAAUGGAAAUGGGUAGUGGUAUGGCGGAACACCCGCAUCGCCUUCCGAUGGGAGGAACGUCAGAAUAGAGUAACAGAAGUCGGGGAACACAGCUUCGUGUGUCACGCCUACUGGAAUUCUGAUCCGACAUACGAAUUCCUACCAGAAUCACCGAGUAUGAACACGGACAAAGGUGAUAACUGGACAACUGAAGAUGAUAAACAGUUAGAAAAGCUUGCCGAUAAUGAGACACUCGAGGAUAAACAGAGUCACAAAAGCGUUUAUUUUAUUGCUAGUUACAUUGGAUACCUGGUAUCGUGGUCACUGCAGAGUCUUAAAACCAAAGUGAUGUCAUUCUUUUAUGGAGUGGGUGGACUUUUCCGGCGAAGCAAUGCGCAUGAUCACGCCGAUUAAACUUUAUUUUUGCACACAAUUCACGUAUAGCUGUGAUUAUAUCUAAAUUGUGUUCACUUGUGCAUACAUGAAUUAUAUCCAUGUACAUGUAUAUUUUUAUUGCUUUAUGCAAAAGAGAGGAA